AUGGCACAAAGUGUGGUAAGAGAGGCUGUUCCUUAUGACUGCCAUAGAUUUUAUGAAACCCGAUUGCUGACCUGUCCUCCGGAAUUUCAUUGGAACUCGAAACUGCAACGAUGCGAUCUGCAAACUACCGCUGAUUGUUCCUCCACCAAUGCGGUGCCAAAUUGGAGUAAGCCCAUACAAAUCGCACCUAUUCCCAUUCCGGCACCGGUCAAAAAACCAGAAUUCAACAAUCUUUCCCAAGUUUGUAAAGAAAAACUCGGGCAGUUAAUAGCUUUCUCGGGUGACUGUACACGCUUCAUUGUUUGCGAUUAUCUGCCCUUUGUGAAGUCCUGUCCGCAGUACCUCUAUUGGAACUCUUACCUACUAACCUGCGAUAAAAUUUGUGUUUAAUAUACCAUCCAAAAG